AUGGCUGCUGAGUUCAACGUCGCACGCUCAACAAUAUACUCUACAAUCAAACGAUUCCGAGAGCACCAAACGCUCAAAUCACUGCCUCGUUCAGGUGCCCCUAAAGUCUAUAGCGCUAUCGAGCAAGACGUUGUAUCCCAAUUUCGAGGGAGAACGCCCGCAAACGAGUCCAAUUUUGCCGAAAUUGGAGGACCGAACGCUACAAUUCCCAACUACAAAGCUUCAUAUUUUCCGACGAAUGCAGCGUUCAACGUAUCCCUAAUUUAA